ACCCCCCUCUUUCGUCCUGUCACGUUGGAGUGUUUAGUUUAUUUUAAUUAUUCCUGGUUUCGGGUCUCAAGAGAGGGGAGAAGGUUGCGAUUGUUUUCGUCAUUUCUGCGAUUGCAUGGGAAUGGUGAUGAUGAGAAUGAUGAUGACGAGAAUGAGGAUUGUGUCUGGCAUAGCUUUGCUUUUGCGCGCUCUGUAGGAUUCAGCUGUUUUAGGGCUGCGCGCGCUAGGACGUUCGAACCUUUUUUUCUUUUUUUCUUUUUUUCUCUCUCUUGUCAGGCGGUGGUUGCCCUGGUGCCGGAGUUGUUGCUUUCUUUUGAACUUUGAUUUGUUCAUGCUUAACUCUUGGCGCGUUUGGUAUGGACAAUUUAUGAAGUUGGCGGUCUAAAAAACGGAACUGAUCUCUGGAAUCUGUGACGAGGAAACACGAACCCUUCUGAGACCAGUAUUUUGGCAGGGUACGUGCUUUCAUGCUUACUUUGAAUUCCGAGAAAUGGCUACCAAAGACUUGGUACGAACCAUUGUCGUUCUAUCCUCGAAAUUACUGGAGAAUUUUAUUCACAGGUCGGUUUCUAAUUGAGGAAAAGAAGUAAUCUGCGCCUCACGAGCGAGCGAAGCCGGGGAUCACAAUUGCCACCGCAGUCAGAAUGACAGCCCUAGUGGCCCGCACAGGCCGUCACCAACAACGUUACGAACAUGGCCAUCGUCUUAUUGCUGGGUGUAUUCCGUACAGGUACAUACCAACCGGGGAAGGCAAGUCAAUGGAAGUUCUCAUGAUCUCUUCGAAAAGGGGUGAGGGGUUGUUGUUUCCCAAGGGUGGUUGGGAAACUGACGAAACUGUAGAAGAGGCUGCUUGUCGGGAAGCGCUUGAAGAGGCUGGAGUUCGAGGCCAUCUACAGGGCUUUCUUGGUACUUGGAAUUUCAAGAGCAAGCGGCAACAAGGUGUUCUCUGCCCUGAAGGAAACUGCCGGGCUUAUAUGUUCGCAUUGGAUGUGACAGAGCAACUUGACACUUGGCCUGAGCAACAUUCUCGUCGAAGGCAAUGGUUUUCCGUUUCUGAUGCGAUUGGACAAUGCCGCCAUGAUUGGAUGCGGGGUGCCCUGGACCAAUGCGUUGCUUACCUAGCUAAGAAAUCGUCGGAGUAAUUCACUACGGGGUGCUUAUGAAGGCACAUGUUUAUGUCGCAUUUUUGGUCAGUGCGGAGUGGCUGGGACUGAACCCACUUACAACCCUUCUGCUGAAUGAGUUGUCAUGAUCUGGACCUUUAGUUUGACGAAUUCAUUUUCUUUUAACCUUGGUUGUACAAUUUCUACCUAACGAAUUGAGGAAGGUUUAAGUUUCAUGGGUGCAGAGGAUUUUUAAAGAACGGAUAGAAAAAAAAGAAGUUUUGUCAUGUUUGUUGCUUCGCACUUCUGCAGAAGUAAUGGGUUUUUCCUUCGCCCAUGUUGCCAUGGCAUGUUCAAAGUCACUUUUUGAACACGAGAUUUUUUCCUUGCUUACAGUUUCCCCUUACUAGUUCCCUGUCUGCAGUAUCAUUACUGAGCAAUGUAUUGAACAGUGCUUGGAUUGCCUGUUCCUGACGUAUGAUUCAGGUUUCCAUAAAUGUUAUGCCGAUUUAAUCGUUUUCAAUUCAUUACAAAAUUUCUUCUUA